AUGUCUAAAACUCCAGCAUUGAGUAUUUACGAGUCGACAUUCGCACAAUCUGACAAAACUGAUGUAAUUCUGAUUGUUGAGGGAAAGAAGUUGCGUGUUAGCAAAACGGUCCUCUCAUUCCAUUCCGACUACUUCGACGCCCUUUUCAAUGCAGAUUUCAUGGAAAUAUCGAUGCCGGAAAUUUCGAUCGAAGAUGUCAAUUUCGAAGAUUUCGCCGCUGUUUUGAGUCUGAUUCUCAAAAAUCCCAUCUCUCCGACAGAAGAAAACGCCGAGAAACUUCUUGAACUCUCCGAUCGAUUUUUGCUUCCCGCUGCUAAACGCCACGUGGAAUUUUUCUUAAUUUCUGUGGGAUUUGGUGCUUACAAAAAACUGGAACUUGCAUCGAGAUACGAUUCGGAUACUCUUCUCACCCAUGCUCUGGAACUAUUCAAAACGAAAGAAGAACUUGUUCCGAAGGAAGAAUUCUCUGGAUUUUCAGAGAAAGUGAAAGCGAAAAUUUUGGAUCGUUUAAUUGAAUUGAAUAAACCGAAAUUAAGUGUACCUACUGGUUUGGGAUCAGGACUUGGAUUAGUCGGUAGAUUGAAUCCAUCGAUGUCUUCUAAAUCGACGCGUCCACUUUUGAAGUUUCCAAUCGAUAUUCGUGCACAUGUUCUCUAUGACGCUUAUCAACGUAUUUCUAAUGAAAAAUCAUAUAAAAACUAUGAAAAAUUGUGCAUAAAAUUUGGAAAACAAGCGAUUUCAUUUGAAGAAUAUGAGUCUCUGUUUAAUCAAUACCUCGAAGUAGAUGAACGAGAGCUCCCAGACAUUCGUGGAUGCAUUUUAUCUGAUGUUACCAAUGGAAAAUCAGCUGAAAAAUCUAUUGAUGACUUGUGUGAUGCAUUCAAAAAUCAUAAAAUCGAUAAGGAAGAUCAUGGCUAUUGGUACAAAAGAUUUGAAAACGGACAGUCAUUCACUCGUGUUACAUUUUCCAAUUUCCCAGAAGACGUGAUCUCUGAAAUUGUUGAGAGAUGUGAUAUGAAGUCGUAUUUGAAUCUCCGCAAAGUUUCACAUGCACUUCGAGCCAUCGUAGAUCACCUGGCGCCUCCGUGCACUGUUAUUGGAGUGAAAUGUGGACAUUGCUGGAUAAAAGUCUCUGUAGAUGAUACAGUUAUAGCUGACUCCCUUUAUUUCGAAAAAACCAAAUCAAAGCUGCCAUUGGGUUUGAUUGAAAAACUAUCGCCUAAAACAGUAGAACUUUUGUUGAGAAAUCCGAAACUCCGACUGAAAUCCUUCGAGAUUGUUCCAUAUCCAUAUGUUCAAAGUACCUGGAUGAAGACUAGAACCGGAAUCGUAAUCCCACCUCUAAACCACAAAAAACGCUUCUUCGAUUUACUUAACUCAUUGGAUCACAAAAUUCACGCGGAGAAAUGUGUGAUUAAAGUGGAUAACGAAAAGGAAGUGAUCAAAGUUUUGCAAUGUUUCAAGCCGGGAACACUGAAGGAACUCGAAAUUAGUACAGGAAUUUCGAUGGAUGGAAUUACCGAAGUCGUUAAAAUGGAUCAAUGGAAACUGGCGAAACACCUGAAAAUGAACACCUUUGUGUUGCCUUCGAUCGAGAAUUUCUUCCAUUUUCCAUCUUUCGAAUUGGGAUUCCCUCCGAUUACUCUAGAAGAUAUGGUCAAGCUAUGCGAAAAUGCCUCCAUAUCGAACACCUUUGAACAUUGCAAAGUCAUAAUUCAAGGAAUAUUUGAGUUGGAAACGAUCAAGAGAGCUCUGAACCUUCAGCCAACUUCCACUGAACAGAGUUUUUCAAUUCCAAAUACAAAUUUGAUCGUUCAGUACUUAUCCAAAGUCAUGCUUUCACGUGUUUUCAAAAUCUACAAAAAUUAA